UCAAGACUCCAUUCUGUCCUCCUCCCACAGAGCAGACUCCAGGACUCACUGACUUGAAUUCUUAAACCAUUCUGCUGAAGCCACGAGAACCCCGUUCCCUGGGGAUUCCUUGCAUUGACCAGACUUCGUGAUCUUCCCAGACACCGGCAUACCAUGGCCAAGAGGGUUGCUGUGAUCGGCUCUGGCGUGAGCGGACUGACCUCCAUCAAGUGCUGCCUGGAUGAGGGGCUGCAGCCCACCUGCUUCGAGAGAAGCGAUGACAUCGGGGGGCUCUGGAGGUUCAGAGAAAAGGUAGAGGAAGGCAGAGCCAGUAUCUACCAAUCCGUAUUCACCAAUUCCUCCAAGGAGAUGUCGUGCUUCAGUGACUUUCCAAUGCCUGAACACUUUCCAAACUUCCUGCACAACACCAGAUUCCUGGAAUAUUUGAAACUGUAUGCAAAUCGCUUUGAUCUUCUGAAAUACAUCAGGUUCAAGACCACAGUCACCAGUGUAAGAAAAUGCCAGGAUUUCUCUACCACUGGCCAGUGGAUUGUUGUCACUGAGAGUGAUGGGAAGCAAGAAUCCACCAUGUUUGAUGCCGUUAUGGUGUGCAUGGGUCACCAUAUAGAAUCCUUUAUCCCGGAGCAGUCUUUUCCUGGUAUCGAAAAGUUCAAGGGCCAAUAUUUCCACAGCCGGGAGUACAAGAGCCCAGAAGGAUUUCAGGGGAAGACGGUUGUGGUGAUUGGAAUGGGGAACUCUGCAUCGGAUAUUGCUGUGGACCUCUGUCAGAUAGCCAAACGGGUGUUCAUCAGCACCAGAGGAGGCUCAUGGGUAAUGAGCCGGGUCUACGAUGACGGCUACCCUUGGGACACCGUAUUUCACACCCGAUUUAGCAAUCUGAUCAGAAGUAUCCUGCCUUGGCCACUUUUGAAACUGGUGUAUGAACAGAAGAUGAACCAAUGGUUUAACCAUGAAAACUAUGGCUUGGUGCCUCAGAACAGAGCCCUGAUGAAAGAGCCAGUGUUCAAUGAUGACCUUCCAAGCCGCAUCCUCUGUGGCAGUGUGAUGGUGAAGCCCAUUGUGAAGGAGUUCACCGAAACCGCUGCCAUCUUUGAAGAUGGGACUAUGGAGGAGAAUGUGGAUGUUGUCAUCUUUGCCACUGGCUACAGCUUCUCGUUCCCCUUCCUGGAGCAGUCAGUCAUCAAAGUGGAGAACAACGAGGCUCCGCUGUACAAACAAGUCUUCCCCCCUACUCUGGAGAAGCCAACGCUGGCCGUCAUUGGCCUCAUACAGCCGCUUGGGCCCAUCAUGCCGAAUGCAGAGCUGCAGGCUCGCUGGGCCACAAGAGUCUUUAAAGGGCUGACUGAGCUGCCCUCCGAGAGCACUAUGAUGACUGACAUUGUCAAGAGGAAAGAGAAGAGGAUCAAAUGGUUUGGUACCAGCCGCAGCCAGACGUUGCAAACUGAUCACAUUGAAUAUCUGGAUGAGCUCGCCGAAGGCUCAGAUGCGAGACCCAGAAUCCUUCCGCUGCUCCUGAAGGAUCCCAGGCUGGCCCUGACGAUUUACUUUGGUCCCUGCAGCCCCUUCCAGUUCCGCUUGACCGGCCCGGGGAAGUGGGAUGGAGCCAGAAAUGCCAUCCUGACCCAAAGGGCACGGAUCAUCAAACCCACAAAAACGCGCGUGUUGCGCGACUCUUCAAACCACUCCCUGGUUUCAUAUUUGCUUAAAAUCUUUGGUCUCCUUGCUCUCUUCGCUGCAAUUUUUGUUAGUCUCCAUUAGUCCUGAGCUCUCAGCAAUGUGAUGUGAUGCUGUGCCCACUAUAGAAGGCUUUCCCUUAAAAAUAACAACCUCCUUGCCAUAUACCAGUCCAUGGGUCUGAUCCAGACAGGUGCUGAGCAUCUGCAGCUGCUGACUGGUGCUAGUGAACAUUGUGGGUGCUCAUCAUCACUUUUUAAAAUCAGCCCAUUUGAUUGGAGCUCUCUAGCAAAGCUAUGGGUUGAGAUUUUUCAAAGCAAGCUAUACAGGAGGUCAGACUAGAUGGUUGUGUGGUCCCUUCUGGGCCUAAACUCUGCUCACGCAGCUCUCAUUUCAAUUAACACAAGGUUGUAUUCCUAAAUCCCUUAGGCAGCUUCACUUUGAUCUGUUGAUUUGGGCUCUGUUUAAAUGCUGAGGGCUCGUCUAUACACAAAAGUUGUACCCCUUUGACUGUACUGAUAUCAUUAUAACAGUACAACCCUCAGCGCUGACACAACUUUUGUGGAAUAAGGCACCUUUUAUGCCACUAUUGCUGCUUCUUAUGUAUGGGAAGGGGAAUAAUCUAUACUGUUAUAACUGCCUCCACACUGGCGGUUGUACUGGUAUAACUAUUUUAGUAAACAGUUCCUCCCUUACCCAACAUAGUUAUACUGGUACAAAAGCUGGGAGUAGACUAGGCCUUAGCAUGAGAGACUGUUUCUGUUACCCCAAACCUCUGCAUUUCAUGUUUGAAAGCAAGAUUUGGAAUGACAGUGGGGGCAGAAACACAGACCAGGUUUUGCAAGCCAGCAAUUACAGACCAGUCCCUAUCAAUAUCUGUACAGACCAGGCCCUCUCAAUAUCUGUAAGUGUGCUGUGUCCUUCUCCCUGCAAUGCAAGAAAGUGAGGCCUACCCUCUAAAUUUUCUAAUUAUACAUUUAGUUUGAACCUAAAGUUGGACCUGAAGUGGAGUCUCAAUCAAUCCCAGCCAACUUCAUUCAACCCAGUCAAGAAAUCUCAGUCCAGCCCAGUACUGAAAGAGGCUGGGUGGAGUUUUCAGAAGCACUCAGCAUUGGCCUAACUCUCUUCCCACCGAAGAGAAGGAUAAAACUCCCUUCCUGCACAAGCUGACUUCUCAAAGGCCUCUCAAUCCAGGGCUGACGUCUUGGGAUUUCAGAGACGCAACUGAAGUUCACCUUCCACUUUAACGCCCAUUAGCUUUGUCUGUCAUAAAACACCUCAUUGACCAACAUACCGGGCCACCUCCAUCACUGCAGCUCUCCAAUACUUAGACAAAAAAUUUGUGGGAAUUACAGGGUAGCAAAGCUGCCAAAUGCAUGGUGGGUAGGAUAACUCUUGUAAUCUAUUCUGGCGCUUCCAUGAUUCAUGCGCAAUGUUGCCAGCUACUUGGCCUGCUGGGUAACUUGCUUCUUGUUUCCUGAGAAAAGAUACAACAACAGCUUGAGUUACUCAUCAGCUAGCCUGUUAAUAAAGGGCCAGAUUCUCAGUUGAUAUAAACAGUAUCUGGCUCAAAGCCAUGGCAAAAGCUGUACUUUUGUUAGUGUGGCAUUACUGAUGCUAUAUUCAAGACUGAGAUGGGAGGGUUUUUUCAGGACAAAUCUCUAUCUCUGGUUGCUCGGAAUGAAUUGUUUUCAGGCUGAAACUUGGCAAACUCCCGACUCGGUCUGAAAACAUGUUUUUGGCAAGCUCGAAAAAUGUCAGUUUGGUCAUUUUUUGUUGUUGUUAAUUACAGGAACAUAAAACACAAGUUCAUCUGAGUUCAAGAUGCAUUUGGAGAGACUAGUAAUUGAAAGCACUUUGUUGUAAGUGUAAAGGGAUGUGUGGUUAGUGCUUAUCAAGGGGCCUAAUUGUUUUGAUUGUCUUAAAAAAAUACACAAAUUUUUAAAAUUGACUGAUACCUACUCCUGAUGGUUGAUGUAUGUGCAUGUUUGUAAUAUUCAUGGUAUUGCCAAUAACACUUCCACAGUGCCAACAAAAUACUGAUUUCCAAACAGCUGCUAUUCAUGAUUAUAGGCUUAGAGCCACCUUCUUGAAUAUAACGCUCAUUGGCUUUGACAGUAGCUUUUUAUGCUAUUUUUAUGAUAUAUGAAAGGAGGGAGACAGGUGUUGAAAAAGUUGUUAGAUUAGGAGAGAGAGAGGGAGGGAAAAGUUUUUGAGACCACCAUAAGUGCACCACAUUAUAGGUGUACAACUUCUAUGGCGCUUGCAUAACUUUUAUAUAUCGUCUUCUGGGCCCUGGUGGAAAGGGACUGAAGCCUAUGAAAUGGGAAAGUAUUUGAUGAUGUAUCUUUUUUCCUUAGUGUUUGAGGGAAUUCAGUGUAAAAACUCGUAGUGCUACAUUUGAGAUUUUAAAACCGCCAAAUUCAGGAAGUUAAGAACUACAGUUUCUACAGUAACUUUGCACUUAUCCAUGCAGCAAAUGACCAUAGAUGCUGAAACUAGGGGUGCUGCUGCACGCUCUGGCUUGAAGUGGUUUCCAUUAUAUCCAGGGUUUACAGUUUUGUUCAAUGGCUCUCAGCACCCCCAUUAUAUAAAUUGUUCCAGCCCCCCUGCAAGUUACACCAAAUUUAACUAAAGGUGUGAAUUUAAACUAACUUAAUCAAACUGGAGCUAGCUUCUCUAUGGAACCUCUUAUUUUGGUUUAAGAGCGACUUAGUUCAGUUCAGUUUAAAUGGAUUAGGAAAAAGCUAACAGGCUGAAGCUAACCCAAAGUAGGCACCCUUAAAAUUCAAUAAGAGGAUUGCAAUGGUUUUACUAAACCGGUUUAAUUAAGCCAUUUCCAGUUUGUGGGUAGACCAGGCCUUUCACUCUGCCACUUGAAGUUAUGCAGUAAAGUAGAAGGUUUCAUUAUACGAUCACAUGAUACUAACUAAUUGCAUUAAUAAUAAGCACAGACUUGGGAAGGAUGCGGAAGUGAAAUACAUACUGCCUUCUUAUCAAGGUAGCUUUACUCUAGGAAACAAAAACUUGCGUCUCUAACACACUGUUCCUGCUAAUACCAAUGCCCACCAGGUGGUAUACCUGACCCAUUGCAAGCGGCCAGGUCUGUACUGAUGUACUAAAUAACGUUCUCUGUAUGUAUAUAUUGUGACAAAGUUCCUCCUCUGCCUUGGUGGGUCCUGCACUUUAUUGGAGGAUUUGCUC